AUGGUGAAUCUAAAGCCACUCGCAUCUACGUGUAAUUUUGGAGCAUAUCUCAACGAGGCAUUGCGAGAUCGGUUGGUGUGUGGUUUGAGAAGCUCGAAUAUCAAGAAGUUGUUGGCCGAUGAUUACACAUUUGACAACACCUUAUGGAUCCGUCAUAUAAAGAUUGCAAUGAAACCAUAUUAGUAUGUGAUGUCCUAAUAAUGAAAUUAGAUUUAAAAGUAAAAAGAAUUGAUUAUCCAAAAACUGCUUACAAAACAUUUUCUUAUAAAUUUAGUGAGAUUUAUAACAAUUGUUUUCCGUUGAAAAAAAAAGAAUUAGGCAUGGUUUCAGAAGCAAACCAUGGUUGUCAAAUGGCCUUUUAAAUUCUAUUGAAAAAAAAUUAUGUAACAAAUUUUUGCAGAACCCCCACUCCUCAUCUGAAACAUUUUACAAAACAUAUAAAAAUAAAUUGAAUCACUCUCUAAGAAUUUCAAAGCAUUAUAUUACGAAAAAUAAUUUGGAAAAUUGUAAAUCGAACAAUCCUGCAACAUGGAAGCUAUUAAAUGAAAUAAUAUGCAAGAAAAAAGCUAAAGUCAUACAGACAUCAGCAAUCUAAACUGAUAAUUUGGAAAUUUCUGAUCCAGAAGAAAUUGCUAAUAGAUUUUGCAACUAUUUUACUAACAUUGGCCCAAAUCUAGCUGAGAAAAUACAACCUUCCACAGUCUUGCAUAUGGACUUCCUUAAUGAUUCUUUUAUUAAUUCUAUUUUUUCUAAUUCACCAACACACCAUCAAGACUUACCAUCCACCAUAUUGAUCAACCCAAUUUCCAUUUAGCCCACGUGCAGGCCCAAGGGAAGAAUAGUGGGCCUGCAAGCAAGGCCCGGUAUUUUGUACUUUCUGUGUUCGCCCACAAAUGCAGCAUUCUGAUUGGCUGUUUGCUGUUGGAUUCUAUAAUUAGAUCAGUGAUUGAUCACAAAGGCUCUCGAUAAGCUUAAAAUUCGAAAAUUGAUCACUUUUCGAUUAAAAAUGGAACAAGAACAGACUGUUCAUUGUUUACUUGACGGAAGAAAUGUUUUUGCCAUUAUGCUAAUGGAGAUUGUUUGUCGUGAAGUGUUGGAAUAGCAACAUUACGACUGGGGUAAACUAUAGUAACCUUUACUUGAGUUUCAUUAAUUUCAAACAGACUUGAUAUACGUUAUAUGUUUGGUUGAUGUUGGCUCUUGUUCUUGCACUGAAGAAAACAGCACUUUUCGCGGUGAAGAUUUAGAGGCAGUUGCAUGUAAGCCUGUUUGAAACACUUUGCGAUUUGGAAGGCUUCGCUGAGAGAGCGAAACAGAAGACGGUAAUUGCCGUUUGAAAUGAAACGAUCUGGACUCUGAAUUGUCUCUUCUUUUGUAGAGUUCUUUACCAAAUGAAAUGACUGAAAUAAGUUUCGUACUUUCCUCCACCAACAAGAAUUGCACACACCAUCUGAUAAGUGAGACAAUUUAUCUAUAACAAUGGCGACAGCGAAGACACAUAAAUGCUAAUGUGGUCGCAUGACUUCCCUCACGAUUUGAAGUUUGAGACUGGUUUUCUGUUGAAAUUCGUCCUAAUUUGCCUCUUCCAAUUUUAGUUGAAAAUGAGCACUUGCAAAUUUGGCAAUUACUGACUGCGUUGCUUGCUUUUUUGAAGUUAAAACACAGCCAUUUACACAUUGUUUCUAUUUUGAAUAUUAAAGCAGAGAAAACCCCGCAACAUUUUAAUGCAAGUUUGUUUGUUACUACUUGGGUUGCUGUCAUUUGUUCUUUUUUGAAAAUUGACGUGCGAAUGGGGCGUGUUAUGAAAAGGGGCGUUUUAAAAAAUAUCGGGCUUUGCUUGCAGGCCCACUAUUCUUCCCCUGGGCCUGCAUAUGGGAUAAUUUCCAUUCUCCCACAAUCCACCACACCUGUUGAUACACCAACCAGCACAUCACAGAGUCCCAACAUCAUAGACACAACCCCAACCUCCACCCAGAUAUAACCUAGUACCCCAAUCCAGUAUCCAACCACCAUCCCAUAUCCACAGCCAAAGACACCUUCACACUAACAUCCCUGCUUACAUCCCCACAAAUCACACCAUAAAAUCCACAAACACAGCAAACCACCACCACACCUCAAGCACAUAUCACUCCCACCAACACACACCACACAAACAUCAUAUUCAACAAACUUGUUGAACAAAACCACUGCAACAAUGAGCAUCAACGACAAUUGACCAUUCUCAACAAACACAGCACAAACCACGCAGCACCAGUUGGUCUCAACACCAGUUUACAACCCUGGGUCCAAUUGUCACCGACACACUGGCAUCUGGGAGUGCAUGUCCCACCUCACAAACAUCCUGCACCAACACCACUCGGAGGAAUCAUCAAAAAUUGAUGGGCAAAUCUCAUCACUUUCCACAGACCUAAACGACAAUCUCCCACAGUGGUUGUCGAGCACAUUCAUCCGUAUCACAAGCACCCACAGACCACCAUCAAAAUGCAAAAUAACACCCAAAUGAAACACCAACAGCAACCACCACACCACAUACCAGGAAACCUGAAAAGCAGGUUCUUCAGAAAAGGCCACAUCACCAACAAAACAAGGGACCAUCACCUGCCAAACCACCAUUAUGGAUACCACCACCACCCAGCAACAACACACCACCACGCCCACCAAUAACCACAAUUCCAGCUCUAGCAAGCAUCAUGCACUCCUGUAUCAAGCAUCAACUGAAGGGGAAAUAAUCACAGUUCCCCACAAUUUACCACAUGUUCAUGAAAGAAAAGCAAUAAAGAUAAUCUUUCCUCCAUGAACAACCACACAGAAGAGCCCACAGAAAAAAACUGUAACAAGAAACACUGUUGUCAACAAAUCCAAACUCUCACCAAUAACAACCUUAUAGUAAAUCUCACCAACCAUAAACUAGCACCACCACUGAAAUGCAUGCUUUCCAAGGGCCUCCAAUUUGUUCUAAUACCUUCAAAUGCUUCAGAAGAUCCAUGUACAUACACUACCACUUCAGACAUUUUUCCAAUGACCACCCUAACCCUUUCAAAAUCCAAAGUACAUGGUUACCACCCCUUCCAGACAAUCAAAAUUUACUUUCAUACAUUGCUUCUGUGACAGAAUCCAUUCAACGAGUCUUCAAGCACAACUCAUAUAAUCAGCAAAAUUUCAACUUAAAUGAAAACGAAAUGUCAUUCCUUACAAACUACAACAUUCAUAAUCAAGAAUAUGCAACGUGAGCUUCGCCUUUGAAUUUGCUAUAUGAGUAAAUUCUUAAACACGUCCGAAUUUAUCAAUAUAAUAAAUUCGCGACACAAGGCCGAUUAGGCACUCAGAUGGCAGGGGUGGAAAAAAUAUUUUGCUUUCUGGGACCGCAAGAGAACAUUGAAAAUUUUCUGCAAAUAAUCAAGUAUCUUGACACUCUGACUGUAACUGUGUGAUGUUGUCAAACUGAAUUUUUGAAUUUUAGAUGUCUGGAAUGGCUAUUUUCUGUGAUUUCACAGAUAUAUCCAAAGGGAACAACAAAAUUUGUGUGGUUAGGGAAGCCUCACAUAUCGAUUUUGUCAAUGAGAAAUAUCAAGGAGACCUUCACCACCACACCACCCCCUAGAAAUGUCACACAUAGUUAUCGAUAUUUUGUUCUUAUAGUACACAUAAGGUAUAAUAGCAUUACCGGUAUCAACUACGGACCACAGACCACUAUGCUUGGCAUAUUAUUAAUAAAAUUGCUGUGGCUUACUGAUACACAUUGUAAGUCUAAAUUGGUAUAUAAUUUUUUUACUCGAUAAAAGCGCUCCUGUUUCAAUGCAUAAAGCAGACAAAGAACUCAUGAUCUGGCAGUAAAUAAUAUGCUCAUAAUUUAUAUCGCAGAAAGAUGCUAGAAAAGAUAUACAACUUUAACUCCUGCUUUCUUGAAAUAGCAAGAGUUCGACUUUGGAAAACAGCCAUUUUGAGCAUGCACAGGGUUAAUUAUCCAAUCAGAAACCAGGAUUUCUUGUACUAAAUAUUGUAGCAACUCCUGCCUUUGGCAGAUAGCAGGAGUAACACACAUCGCAUGUAAAUCAAUGUAUUACCUGGAAAUGAGCUGUUGCAGAGUUGCAGUUGCUAGGUAACAGGGCUGUAAAAUUGUGUAAAUGCUUAUAAUAGAAAGCAGAAAAUAAAAAUAUUGAAUAAGACUAGAAAAAUUACAAUGACUUUCUAAAAGUUCAAGAUUGGACACUUUGAAACUUGGACAAUCAUUUCUCUAUUUUGUGGAAAGUUUUGGUCCUGCCUAUGCCACUGAUGAAGGGUCUGAUCGUACGGUGAAUAAAGAUGCUAAAAAGACAGUAAUAGGGGGUACUACCAAGGGGGAUCCAUGCUCCCCAGAAAAUUUUGAAAAUUAGCUGUUCCAGAUUGGCAAAAAAUGCAUUUGCCUUACAAUAUUUGUCACAUUAUUCUACAGUUUAUACAUUUACACACUGUUGCACUAUUAAGAUGGAUGCACUCAUAAUUGCAUUUCUGAGGUCAUACCUACAGUACAGGUAGCAUUCUUUCUAUUGAUUAGAAUUUUUCUUCCGAAUUUCUCCUUUUUUCUAUUAAAUUUUUACAAUUAUCUUUUUUUCUUUCUUGGGGAAAUAUUUUCUGGGAAUUCAAAAAUUUUCUGGGACCAAUGGUCCCAUGGUCCGAUAUUUUUUCCACCCGUCAGACAGCCUGGUAAUUAAUGUAGUUCAGCAUGACCAACAUGGCAGAAAGUGAGGCAUGCAAAUUGGCAUGCAAGGGUAUUAAAGUAAUCAUUUGCAUUUUAAUACUAAUGUAUUAUUAACGUCAGUCAUCCAUUUUAAUCAGGUCAUUUACAGUUUUGCCAAUCAACAAAACAAGUGUGAGAAUAAAUCAGUAUCUGGACAGGGGUUAAAACGUUGCACUUUUGAUAAGUUCAUGAAUCAUGACCAACCAAAACUCAUUAUAAUAACAAAAAGCUCAUUGUUUCAACAAUCAACAGCUCAUUGUUUAUUUGUGUCUCAUUGUAAUCAUUUGCACUUCAGUUUCGUAAAUGAAUGUUCGACCUAUUUAUAUAUUGCCUUUUCUGCAAAUGUUUCAAAUCCUGAUUCCUUUGAUAAUAUGGUUUGAUAUAAGGGAAUAUCGUAUGUUUUAAAAAUGUGUUAUGUCUUGUUAAUCAGUGUUCAUCGCCAUCUGUAUAGGGUGUAAAGUCUCUAUGGCCUGCAUGUCCCACCUCAGAAACAUCCUGCACCAACACCACUCGGAGGAAUCAUCAAAAAUUGAUGGGCAAAUCUUAUCACUCUCCACAGAGCUAAACAACAAUCUUCCACAGGGGUUGUCGAGCACAUUCAUCGAUAUCACAAGCACCCACAGAUCACCAUCAAAAUAACACCCAAAUGAAACAUCAAACGAAACGUCUAAAAACCACAGCAACCACCACACCAUAUACCAGGAAAUCUGAAAAGCAGGUUCUUCAGAAAAAGCCACAUCACCAACAAAACAGGGGACCAUCAACAACAAACCACCACUCCCACCAAUAACCACAAUUUCACCUCUAGCAAAUUGCCAAUGUGCAAUCAUAUAUAGGUCAUAUAUAUAUGGAAGGCAGGCACCUAAUCAAUGUUUGUUUUAACUAUUGUAAACUCAGACGUGUUUUCUUGAAUGAGUAUUGAAUAAAGACUGUUAUAUUACUAUUUUUAACUGAUUUGUCAAGUACCCUCAAACGACUAUAUAAAAGCUGGAAACAUGAUUUGUUGGGUUAGCAACCAGGUGAUGGUAAGGACGGUCAUUUGGUUAUUAAAUGUCUUUGAACAGGAACCAGGUGGUGGCAAGGAAGAUAUUUCAGUUAUUAAAUGUGUAUAAACAGCAACCAGGUGGUGCGAGGAAGGUAUUUCAGUUAUAUUAUACGUUAGAGAUAGGUAAUAUAAGGUAAUUGGACCUCUACAGGCGUUUGAGAUUUUGCAUUGUGCAACAUUCGUGUAAGCCUUAUGUAGUUAUUGAUUUCUAAGAUAUUCACAGGGUCUGGAAAGUAUACUUAACCUUACUAUGAAAUAUUGAAUAGCAGGUACAUGCAUGGACUGCAUGGUUAUAGUGUGUGCAGUGUUUUGUGUAUUUUCUUUGUCAGUCCUGUCCAUGUCAUCUAAAAUUAUUCCUUAAUGAUAGGAAUAAUUUCAUGAUGUACAUUACUCACAUGGUCUUGCGAGGAGACCAUCCCAUGAAUUGCAAUACAAUAUGACUGCCUAUGCAUAUGGGUUUGUAAUCCAAGUGAGAAUACAUACAUUUUAAGACCUAACCAGGAACGACUGCGAAAAAUGCAGCACAAGGUCCUCUGGUAGGAAUCGAACCUAUGCAAAACAGUGCUGUAUCGUAUCAAGCAUCCAAAUCUCUUGCUAAAAAGCAAACAAACGUAUUUUAGGCUGAUACAGGUGAAUUAUGGUAAGCUAGAUCAGGCAAAUUCCUUCCGAGAAGGGUUGAUGUUGACAGCAUUUUUCUCGAAACAUGUGGGCUAUUGAAAUUUGAAGAAAUUAUUGUGCAGUACAUGUAUAAAGUAGUACUACUCUUUUCUUGCAGUAUAAGAUUUAAAGCUUGACGUAGAGAUGCAGUAAAGCUGUAAUGUAAACAAACACUUUCAUUGUUUACAAUUUGAACUGCAAUAUUUGUACAAUAUGAUAUACUGACCAAAUAUCUAAAACUAUUCUGGUUUGCUAAACUCAUAAUGAAUAUAAACUAUAGUUUCAAGUCAAAAAAGUUCGAAAGAUGUGAAAUUUGGGCAAUGUUUAAUAUAUCUGUGGGUCCCUCUUUGUUAUGGAAUUUUGCAGGUUGGGAAUUUUGCAGGUUGGAAUUUUGCAGGUUAGGAAUUUUGCAGGUUGGAAAUUUUCAGGUUUGAAUUUGCUACUCGUCUUACCAGUUCUACUUCUAUUCUGUUCUAGGGACCAUAUUCCUCUUUUUCUUGCAUAUCUCAAUUGCCAACAUCCUAACAUUAACUUUACUUGUGAAGUUGAAUCCAAUUGUCAACUUUCCCUCCUUGACAUUACUAUCACACAAAGAUUAUAAUGGCCACUUUGAAACCUCUGUUUAUCUUAAAACCUACAUUCACAGGGUUUUUCACUAAUUUCCAUAGCUUCACUCCUCUACAAUUUAAACAUGGUUUAAUAUAUUCACGGUUACAUCGCUUUUUCAAUAUUUUCUCUAGCUAUGAGAAUUUCAAUGCACAGAUUGAGUUUUUAAAAAAAUCCUCAACCAGAACGGUUAUCCUACUCGUCUUUUUUAUCGUUGUGUUGGACUCUUUCUUGAUAAAACCUUUCAACCCAAGGAAUUAAUCAAUUCUGUAUCAAGGAAAGUGGUAUACUUUUGUCUUCCAUAUACCGAAACACACUCUCUCCAAAUCUGUACCCAAAUUCAAUGCCUUUGCUCUGUAGCCUUCCCACAUAUAAGCAUCAUAAUCGAAUUUCGUCCCACUCUACGUUUGUCCAAUUUCUUCAUGUUUAAGGACAAAAUUCCUGAUGCUUUGAGGUCUUGUGUAGUUUAUUCUUUUAAGUGUCGAUGGUGUUCCACGUCGUAUGUGGGCCAAACAGUCCGCCAUUUACAUACACAAGUCUCUGAACACCUGGGUAUUUCUGCCUUAACUGAUAAGACAAGCAUGGCCAGAAAUUCAAGACAUUUGCACUGAGCAUGUGCGAACUUUAAAAAGCAAGAUGGCUGAAAAGCUACUAUAGAAUAGUAUAGGGGAAUGCCAUUUUUUGUAAAUUUAACUCAGUUCAAUCGCUGUUACAACAUUUGCCUCACAUUUUUUUAACAUAACAAAACAACUGUAAUCAUAUAAAAUAAGUAUCAUUUCAUAUUAUUACCUCCUACUACGUCCACUUCUUUACCUGUAUUGCACAGAUCUGACUCCUAUGAACUGUAUACAAUGUGCACAAUUUCAUCUCUUGCCAAAUUUGCCUCACUUUCCUCAUAAACUUCACUCUAUCAAGUAUUCCUUCCAUUAUUUUCGAAGUGAUCUGAUAUAUUUUAGACCGUCCAUUUUUGCAGAGAAAUGCAGUAGAAAUUGACAAGUGAAUUAUCCACAAACAAUAAUUUUCCUGUGGGCGAAGACGAGAUAAACAUGUGAAAACAACAUCUAUCCUUUUUAAAAGCCGGCCAUAUUUGAUAUCAAAACAAAGCCCAGAAUCAGGGCUUUCUGUGGGCAAUGAUGGUUUCUGUGGGCAAAGUUGGUAUAACUCGAAGCAAGAUGGUACAUUAGCUCAGUAUUCGUUUGUACAAAUUGUGAAUGCUUUCUUACUUAAACACGGUUUAAAGCUCCACAAAAGCGAAAGAAUCGAUGGUAUACUUAGGAGAAGUGGUGCAGCUAUAAAUAGUAAAGCCCAUAAGCUUAAUGGUCGUGUACGAGAGGAAUUUCUUGCUAAGGUUAAGCAUAUCUCAGUUUUUCAACAUGAGGUAGUCAAGGUUGAAAACCAAGUUAAAGCUGCAAAUGGGAAGAUUGAUUUGCUAUCAAAAGAAAAUGAUGGGUUGAAGGAGAGAUGUGAAGUGUUAUGGACACAGUUGAAUAAUAUGACUGACAACAAGGGAAGAGCUGAUGAAGCAUUAGGCAAGAAAGAGGAAGAGUGUCAGGACAUUUUGGAGCUCAAUAAGGAGCUAAGUGACUACCUUGAGAAAGUUGGAGUUCCGGUUAAUUUUAGAAAUACAGGGAAAGAAGUACAUGAUGUUGGAAAAAGGCAGCAAGCCCGAAAACUUACUGAAGUUAAGAUGAAUGUGGAGAAGAGCCUUUGGUUUGCUGGAACCUUUGGUCUAACUUUGGAGUCAGCAACCUUCUCAGACAAAUCUGGGACAAAUCACACCUUGACCUACAACCCCACCUCAACAAGAAAAGGAUUCAAGGAUCUUUCAGAAGAGGAACGCAAUAGAAUAAAGGAAAUCUUGUUGAUUGUAGACCAGUUCUGUAUUGGCAAGGCUGCCCAUUACCAGCUUAGCAUGAUGUCGGCCGGAGAGAACUUACCACGGUCAUACCUGAUUAAAGAGGUAUCAGAGGAAUUGUUAAAUGCACUUAACCAUGUUGAACAUUCCCGACACAUUGUGCAGGGAAAUCCAAAAACAUGUAAGUUUGUCAAAAUAAUUUAUUUACCUUGUUUGAUUUGCAAAUAUGGAAGAAUUUCUGUUCUGAAGAUAUACUCCAUAUUAGUAUGGUGCUUAUUGGUUAUUCAGUUAUGUAACCUAAAUUUGCAUGAAAUUUUUCACCCAGGUUCUUUGUACACAUUUUCAUGAGAGUAAAACUUACACUGGUCAUUUAUGCAUGUUCUGUGUUAUGUUUUUUUUCAGGUGAAGAAGUGCAUACUUGAUAGGGGUGCACCGGAACUCGGUUCCGGCCGGAACCCUGAUUUUUGCGAGAUCCGGUUCAGGCCGGAACUGGUUGAAAAAGCAUGGCCGGAACCGGAACUCUGUUAUUUUCAGAGAGUUGGAAUAUCGAAUUUAUUUAUUAAAAUUGAUCAAUUUCUAAUUUUAACAACUGCAUGUGAAGUAUAAUUAACAUACCAAUUUAUCAAACAGACCAAUUAUCACGAAGCCGUGAAAAGCGAAAUUAACGUGUGUUUUUACGUAUACAUUUAUACACACUUUAUAUGCAAACAUAUAAAAAACUUGCCACAGUAAAUGUUUCUGUUAUAAGUGUUAACAAUAACUUUAAACAAUAUAACGUCAAUAAGACCAAGAGCCAUUAAAAUGAGUCAAAUGACAUGUCUUUCAUGACUACAGUACAUUAGUGUCCCAACUAGUUAACAGUUUGGGAAUCGAGGAAGGUUGUGGUGCAGGAAUAGUAAGUGUUCACCAUUUCGUGGAAGAAGGCGUGCACGAUGCUCUUCAAAGACGUUACCAGCUUCGGAGAAGAGGCGUUCUGAAUAAACAGAUGAUGCUGGACAGGAUAGGUACCGACGCGCUACUUUGGCAAUGGUUGGAUAAACUGAUUUCUCUUCUCUCCACCUUUCAACAGUUGGAGUCAGAGUGUAUCUGUCUACUUCACUUGCCAACUCAGAAAGACUUGGUCCCUUCGGCUUUUUCCGGCGCACUCUGGAAACUUCGGUUUGAUCAUAGGUUUGAUCUCUUUCAGAAUUUUCUUCUUCUCUGCAACUUUCUUCUGCAGAACUGA